GGUACUUCAAAUUGUCUAAUUUGACAUACUAAUAGAACAACAUGUGUUUAUCCUCAACUUCUUAAUACAUUGAAGCAUGCAGGCCGACGAGUCAUUUGAAAGGCCCAAGAACCCUAAGCAAGGCGCGAACUUUUUGUCCAUCAUCACUUUCUGGUCACAAAUAUUUAGGUAUUCCCGGAAUACGUUCAAGAUAGGUACGAAACGUGCAUUGGACGAGGACGACCUCACUGAGCCUCUGGACUCGCAUCGGUCCGAACUAUUGGGGCAAAAGUUGGCGAGGAACUGGAGUCAAGAACUGACGAAUGCGGCCAAAAAGAAGAGAGAUCCCAGCUUGGCCAACGUUAUCCUAAGAACCUUUAAAUGGGAAAUAAUAUAUUAUGGAUUUUUGCUGUUUAUUAUGGAGAUUUGCGUAAGACUUCCGCAACCAAUAUUCAUCGGAUUAUUUAUCAGAUACUUUAACGUCAAGAAUAUCGAGAGCACCGAAGAGCAAUACCCUCCCAUAUACAUAAUGCGGGUGUUCAACUACUUUCAAAAGGAUCAAAGUCGCAUCUCUAAGGAGGAAGCGUAUUUCUUCGCGACCGGAAUAAUGCUGUGCAGUCUCAUCGUCAUGAUGAUCUUCCAUCCAUAUAUGAUGUCGGCCAUGCAUUUGGGAAUGCGGGUCCGGGUGGCAUGCUGCUCAUUGAUUUAUAGAAAGGCUCUUCGGAUCCGAAUAACUUCCCUAGGAGGUGAAACCGUUGGGAACACCGUUAACCUAAUGUCCAAUGACGUAAACCGGUUUGAUUUAGCACCACCGUUCGUGCAUUACCUUUGGUUGGCACCACUGCAAGGCUUUCUAAUAACGAUUUUCUUAUAUUUCGAGGUCGGCACCGCAUCUUUUUAUGGGAUGCUCUCAGUGGUCUCUAUUAUGCCCUUUCAGAUUCUACUGGCCUAUGGGACAGCUCGCUUUCGGGUCAUGGUGGCUGCAAGAACAGACGCUCGGGUACGAUGCAUGAACGAAAUCAUUCAGGCGAUUCAAGUAAUUAAAAUGUAUGCUUGGGAAAAUACUUUUGCUACAGUGAUCAACAAACUAAGAAAGAGGGAACUUAAGAUCCUUUUGCUCACCUCAUUCAUACGAGGUUGCACGAUGUCUUUUAUAAUGUUCGUAGCCAGGCUUGGAAUUUUCUUGACCGUACUCAGUUACGUUUUAUUGGACAACAAUAUAACUGCCGAAAAAGUCUUUGUAAUUGGGGGAUACUAUAUGAUAGUCAGACAAACCUUGACCGUAUACUUUGACCGCGGUCUGAACGCCAUAGCCGAAACGAAAGUUUCAAUAACCCGAAUUCAGCAAUUCUUAAUGACAGACGAGGCGUUGGUGGGCGAUAAAUCGAUCCUGGAUCCGAACGUCGAUACCGCUUCACAAGUGCCUCGUGACAAGGGCGAUCAAAAGUCCAUUCAUAGCAACAAAGAAAAUUGGUCCAGGAGCAGCUCGAUUACGAUAAUCGACGAGAAAAGAUUCUCUAAUCAGGGUCCGAGUAUAUUGUUAAGGGAAACUUCCAAGUAUUUAUAUAGUACUCUUGGAAAAGCUUUGGACCAAGGUGAAGUGGCGACUGUUAUUAUAUACAAAGGAAUUGCGAAGUAUGGUCAAGCUGUGUGCUUGGAAAACAUAAACACCGAAAUAAAAAGUGGACAACUGAUAGCGAUCGUGGGACCGGUUGGGGCAGGAAAAUCCUGCCUACUGAAGCUCAUCCUGGGAGAGCUGAGACUGUUCAGCGGCAAAAUCCUCGUUAGGGGGACCACGUCUUAUGCCUCGCAAGAACCGUGGCUGUUCGCAGGUUCUGUGCGGCAAAAUAUUUUAUUCGGCAAAGAAUAUGAUGCGGGAAGGUAUGCGCAAACGAUCAAGGUGUGCGCACUGAAGCGCGAUUUCUCACUACUCCCUUAUGGCGAUCAAACUAUAGUCGGAGAAAGAGGUGCUUCCCUAAGUGGAGGACAACGGGCCAGGAUUAAUCUUGCCAGGGCAGUUUAUGAGGAGGCCGAUAUUUAUUUAUUUGAUGAUCCUCUGUCGGCUGUUGAUAUUCAGGUUGGCCAAGAACUUUUCGAAAAUUGCCUAGUAAAACACCUAUCGAAUAAAAUUGUGAUCCUAGUGACUCAUCAGCUUCAAUACUUAAAAAGAGCCGACAAGUUGAUCAUAUUGAACGAAGGUACUAUACAAGUGCAGGGAAGUUACGAGGAAAUCAGACGAAGCGGGGUCAGUUUCGCUGUACUCCUCGAAGAAGCUGCCACGGUGGCCGCUGGCCAACCUGAGCCCGAAAAAGAGAGCGAAAAAGUGCUGAAAGCGAUCUCUCGAACGAGUGUAGCGUUCAAUAGCACCAUUGACAUAGAGGGCACCAAAGCCGGUCCGAAGGCCGUCGCCGAAAUGCGCACUCUCGGAUCCGUAUCGGCUUCCAAUUACAAAGAAUAUUUCACUGCCGGUGGGAAUUGUUGUGUUCUCUUCGUUAUGUGCCUGUUGUUCUUGGGCGCCCAGUUUUUGGGUAGCGGCGGUGAUUAUUUUCUAAGCACAUGGGUGACACUGGAGGAACUCCGGCACCAUAAAGGAACCGCUAACGAGAAGGGUUGGUGGGACCAAUUGACGCGGAAACACUGCAUUCAAAUCUACACGAUCGUGAUGGCGAGUGGUAUUGUUGUGGCUCUAACUAGGAGUCUGUAUUUUUUUUCUGUCAGUAUGAUGUCGUCCUACAGGUUACACAACAGAAUGUUUAAGAGCAUAAUUCUUGCCUCGAUGCGAUUCUACCAUCAAAACACCUCCGGAAGAAUUUUAAAUAGAUUUUCAAAGGACCUCGGUCAAGUGGACGAGCUUUUACCGAACGCGUUCAUUGAUACAGUUCAGAUUAUAUUGAAUUUAGUUGGAGCGGUCAUAGUGAUUUGUUCCGUCAACUAUUAUUUUCUGAUCCCAGUUGGUAUUUUGGUUAUACUGUUUUACUUCUUGAGAAAGUUUUACCUUAAGACCAGCACGAGUGUUAAACGCCUGGAAGGAAUAGCUAGAAGUCCAGUUUUCGCUCACUUGAAUGCCACCCUGCAAGGAUUGGAAACGAUACGGAUUAACCAUGCGGAGAAAUUGUUAGUGAAGGAGUUCGAUCAUUUACAGGACCUUCAUAGCAGCGCUUGGUUUAUGUUUUUGCAUACUUCAAGGGCCUUUAGCCAAUGGCUUGACUGGAUUACCGCCUUAUUUACUGGAUGUGUUACUUACACAUGUGUGAUGAACUCUGAGAAUUUCUAUGGCAGUACAGUGGGCCUAGUGAUAACCCAAUCCAUGGGUCUGACGGGACUGAUCCAGUGGGGCAUGAGACAAUCCGCCGAGUUAGAGAACCAAAUGACGUCCGUCGAACGGGUCUUAGAAUUCACCAGGGUUGAACACGAACCGGAUUUGCAUUCGGCUCCGGAUAAGAAGCCUCCGUCUACGUGGCCGAAAAAGGGUCGAAUAGACUUUAUUGACACUUCGAUGAGUUACACUCCUGACGAGCCGCCCGUUUUGAAACAUCUCAAUAUUGAGAUCAUACCCAAACAGAAGGUCGGUAUAGUCGGUAGAACGGGAGCGGGCAAAUCGUCACUCAUAGUAACGUUAUUUCGACUGGCAUACUUUGACGGCGAAAUCUAUAUCGAUCACUUGGAUAUCAGCGUUCUUGGUCUUCACGAUUUGAGACGAAAAAUAUCAAUAAUACCUCAGGAACCGAUCGUGUUCCAAGGCACUUUACGGUACAAUCUGGAUCCUUUUAACGAGUAUACUGAUGAAGCGAUGGUGUCGGCACUGAUAGACGUAGAAGACAAAGAUGCCAUGACCAAAGGGGCAGCGGCACUGGAUAAACAAAUGAGCGGAGGUGGUCAGAACGUCAGCGUGGGUCAACGUCAAAUGAUAUGCCUGGCACGUGCCAUUUUAAGGAAUAAUAAGAUCCUGGUGAUGGACGAAGCUACCGCGAAUGUGGAUGCGCAAACGGAUAAAUUGAUUCAAACUACCAUCAGGACUAAGUUUGAGCACUGUACUGUGUUGACGAUAGCACAUAGAUUGCAUACUGUUAUGGAUUCUGAUAAGAUUCUCGUUAUGGACGCCGGCAAAGCGGUAGAGUUCGACCAUCCGCACAUCCUCUUAAGAAACCCCAAAGGAUAUUUGUCAGAGUUGGUCAGAAAAACUGGUGCCGGUACCGCUUCGCAUUUGCGACAAAUCGCAAAAGAGAACUACCAAGACAGGCAAAAGCUACAGAAAAUACCCGAAGAUGAUAGCGGACAAUCUCUGAACUCGGAAUAAUCACUAAACGUUUUAUUAUAACUUAAGUAUAUAUUUUAUUUGUAUUAAGCAAAGUAUUAUUGAAUAAAACAACGUUAAUACAAA